ACUGAGACGCAUGAAGAUUCAGCUGCGAAGAUACUAUAAAAAGAGAAGAGAAGGAAUGAGGCAGGAUCAGCAGCGGGGUUGUUGGUGCUGAGCCGGGCGAAACUCAGGUCCGUUACUAAACAAGGAAAAAGAGACAAACAUUGAAUUUGGCAUCCUGCAAAAGCCACAGAUAAUGAGGACUUACCAUUGCCUGCCAUUAGUCAUCUGGAUGUAUCUGUUCCAAACAUUUGACACCAUCCCAUUGCAAGAAAAGACUAGCAGUGACUUUCCAAGCCAGAAGAUAGCAGGCCCGGUAAAAGAUGCUGAUAAAAUGUUGCAUCGCACCAAGCGUGGGUGGAUGUGGAAUCAGUUCUUCUUGCUGGAAGAGUACACAGGUACAGAUACACAAUAUGUGGGCAAGCUUCACACUGACCAAGAUAAAGGAGAUGGAAAUUUAAAAUACAUAUUAACAGGAGAUGGGGCUGGCAGUCUCUUCGUUAUAGAUGAGAAUACAGGAGACAUACAUGCUGCAAAGAAAUUAGACAGAGAAGAGAAGUCCCUGUAUAUUCUUCGUGCCAAGGCAAUAGACAGAAAGACCGGGCGCCAGGUGGAGCCAGAAUCUGAAUUCAUCAUUAAAAUCCAUGAUAUUAAUGACAAUGAACCAAAAUUCACCAAAGACGUAUACACUGCCAGCGUUCCUGAAAUGUCUGCAGUUGGCACAUCUGUGAUACAAGUGACAGCGACAGAUGCUGAUGACGAAAACUACGGAAACAGCGCCAAAGUCGUCUACAGCAUAUUGCAGGGACAGCCCUAUUUUUCAGUGGACCCUGAAUCAGGCAUAAUAAAAACGGCAUUACCGGAUAUGAGCAGAGAGAAUCGUGAGCUGUACCAAGUGGUUAUACAGGCCAAAGAUAUGGGGGGCCAGAUGGGAGGCCUUUCUGGAACCACCACAGUGAAUAUCAGCCUGACGGACGUCAACAACAAUCCCCCUCGUUUUCCGAAGAAAACAUAUCAAUUUCAUUUUCCUGAGUCUGUCCCUCUUGGAACCCAUCUUGGAAGGAUAAAAGCCAAUGACCCUGAUGUCGGAGAAAACGCUGAGAUGGAGUACAGCAUCGCGGAAGGAGAAGGAGCAGAUGUCUUUGAUGUCAUCACUGACAAGGAUACACAGGAAGGGAUUAUAACUGUCAAACAGAAUUUAGAUUUUGAAAAAAAAAAGUUGUACACUUUAAGAGUGGAUGCAAGUAACAUUCAUCCUGACCCACGGUUUGUACGCCUGGGACCUUUCAAAGAUACAGCCAUCGUCAAGAUAGCAGUGGAAGACGUGGAUGAGCCCCCUGUGUUCAGUAAACGGGCAUACUUGCUAGAAGUCGAUGAGGAUGUGAAGGAGGGUAGCAUCAUUGGCCAGGUCACAGCUUAUGACCCAGAUGCCAUGAACAACUUAAUAAAAUACUCUAUUGAUCGGCAUACUGAUAUGGACCGAAUUUUCAGUAUCCACUCAGAAAAUGGCUCUCUUUUCACUUUGAAGACCCUUGACCGGGAAACAUCCCCCUGGCAUAAUAUCACCAUUACAGCUGCAGAGAUAAAUAACCCAAAACAAAGUAGCCACAUCCCUGUCUUCAUCAGAAUUCUAGAUAUAAAUGACCAUGCUCCGGAAUUUGCUAUGUACUAUGAAACAUUUGUUUGUGAAAAUGCCAAACCUGGGCAGUUGAUUCAGACGGUCAGUGUUAUGGACAAAGAUGACCCUCCACGAGGACAUAAGUUCUUUUUUGAACCAGUGCCGGAAUUCCCUCUCAACCCAAAUUUCACCAUCGUGGACAACAAAGAUAAUACAGCAGGAAUCAUGACUCGAAAAGAUGGAUACAACCGCAACAAGAUGAGCACUUACUUGCUGCCAAUUUUGAUCUUCGAUAACGACUACCCUAUUCAGAGCAGCACCAGCACCCUGACCAUCCGUGUGUGUGCCUGCGACAGUCAUGGCAACAUGCAGUCCUGCGCAGCUCAAGCCCUCGUGCUCGCCACAGGCCUGAGCACGGGGGCUCUAGUAGCCAUUUUGCUCUGCAUCCUCAUCCUGCUGGUUUUAGUUGUGCUAUUUGCUGCGUUGAAGAAGCAACGGAAAAAAGAACCUCUGAUUAUGUCCAAGGAUGAUGUCCGGGACAACAUUGUAACCUACAACGAUGAAGGUGGUGGGGAAGAAGAUACGCAGGCUUUUGACAUUGGCACGUUGAGGAACCCCGAAGCGCGCGAAGACAACAAACUGAGACGCGAUGUGAUGCCGGAAACUAUUUUUCAGAUACGGAGGACGGUGCCUCUUUGGGAAAAUAUUGAUGUGCAAGAUUUUCUCCAUCGAAGAUUAAAAGAAAACGACGCAGACCCAAGUGCGCCCCCUUAUGAUUCACUGGCAACCUAUGCGUACGAGGGGAAUGACUCCCUGGCAGGCUCGCUCAGCUCCCUGGAGUCCCUCGCCGACUGUAACCAGGACUAUGACUACCUGAGCGAAUGGGGGCCCCGCUUCAAAAAGCUGGCCGAUAUGUAUGGUGGUGAGGACAGCGAUCGGGGCUGA